AUGUCGUUGGGUGCAACAACCGCUAUUUGGACCCAGCAUUGUGGUAUUGUCUCUUUUCACCCCCUCAACAAACUACAGCUUCACCACGUUACUUCUGAUCACAGUCUUCUCGCAUGUUCUGUUGAACAUAACUUGUUUCCUCCAAUUUUACUAACCACCAUUUAUGCCCCCGCAGAACUGAAGAAACGCAUCCACUUUUAUCCAACAAUCUUAGAUCUCCCCAUUUUUCGACGCAACCCUAGCUUCGAACCUCAACUUCCGAAUUCCACCACGUCAAUCUUUCAUCCUAAUUAUCCCCCAUGA